CAGCAUCUGCUAUUUCCAAGAAACAGAGUAUUAAUCUUUAUUUGUUGUUGCUAAUCGAGUUUUUGGUGUGAUUUUAGUAAUGGGUAUUCAAUUUUAUUGCAAAAUUUGUGCUAAAAAUUGAGUCUUGGAGCUACUUUUUGUACUGUAUGUACUUUCAAUGGACUUCUCUUCAUCUUUGUGGAAUUUGCUUAAAUUGAUUGUUAUGACUACUUCUUUAGAAAUUUUCUCGAUCUGGAAACUGGGAUCUUAUGAUUUGGUCUACAUUGUCUUUUUUCAGGAGAAUAAGUAGGACAGGUUUCUAGAUUUUAGGAUUUUUUUUUUGCAAUUCCAAGAUUUUGAUUUUUUUUGUUUCCUAGAAUGAACUUGUUUUGUAAGUGGGGAUGCUUAUAUUUUUGUGUCUAUUUUGCUCAUAAAUAUUGAGACAAAAACACCAGUUGAAGGUAACAGGUAUCCCGUAAAUUAGUUGAGGUGUGCGGCAAGUCAACUGGUUAUAUAAAAAAGAAAAAAAGAAGAAGAGGGAUCUGAUAUGAAGCUGCAGCUGGCAGUGCUAAUUUUGUUGUUGGCGUUAAGUCGUAGUAUUGAACAUACUGAAGCUCAAUUUGACGGAGAAUGCAAAUUCAACAAGCCCCUGGAACCCAGACCUCACAGUGCAUCAGUGUUGGACUUUGGGGCUGUGGGUGAUGGGGAGACUCUAAAUACUCUGGCCUUCCAGAAUGCCAUUUUCUAUCUCAAGUCCUUUGCUGACAAAGGUGGAGCACAGCUCUAUGUUCCAGCUGGAAGGUGGCUGACCGGAAGCAUAAAGCUUACCAGUCACCUCACACUCUUCCUAGAAAAAGAAGCCGUUAUUCUGGGAUCAAAGGAUUAUGCUCAUUGGGAUAUAGUCGAAGCCUUACCCUCUUAUGGUGGAGGUAUUGAGGCACAAGGUGGAAGAUAUCGCAGCUUGAUUUUUGGAGAUAAUUUAACUGAUGUUGUGAUAACAGGUAAUAAUGGAACUGUUGAUGGUCAGGGUUCUAUAUGGUGGGAGCAGUUCACUGCCCAUUCUUUAAAUUAUACUCGACCACACCUAGUAGAAUUUGUUAGCUCCAAAGAUGUUGUCGUCUCAAACUUGACCUUCCUGAAUGCUCCGGCCUGGAAUAUUCACCCGGUGUAUUGCAGUAAUGUUGUGGUUCAAAACAUAUCGGUUCAUUCUCCAGCUAACUCCCCAUAUACCUAUGGCGUAGUACCAGAUUCUUCCGAGCAUGUGUGCAUUGAGAACAGCAACAUUAGCAUGGGCCAUGAUGCUGUUGUUCUCAAAAGCGGUUGGGAUGAGUACGGGAUUUCCUAUGGCAAACCUACUUCGAAUGUCCAUGUUCGAGGGGUUAGGCUGCAGUCUUUUGCAGGUGCUGGAAUGGCUUUUGGCAGUGAGAUGUCUGGUGGUAUCUCCAAUGUGCUAGUAGAGCAUGUUUACUUGCAUGACUCCCUUUUGGGGAUUGAGCUGAAGACAGCAAGAGGAAGAGGUGGUUAUAUCAAAGAUAUUCAAGUUACAGAUGUGGUUAUGGCAAAUGUGCAAGUGGGAAUUGAGGCCACCGGUCAUUGUGAUUCUCAUCCGGAUGAGAAAUUUGAUCCGUCUGCACUUCCAGUUGUUAGUGAUAUCACCUUUGAGGACAUUGUUGGCACAAAUGUUUCUAUAGCAGGCAAUUUCACUGGAUUAUCUGAAUCUCCCUUUACUUCAAUAUGUCUAUCAAACAUCACCUUUUCCAUUUCUUCCAACCCUUUUACACCAUGGCUAUGCUCUGAUAUAUCCGGUUCUUCUCAAAAUGUGUCUCCUGAACCAUGUCCUGAGCUCGAGAGCUCAUUUUCUAGUACUACUUCAACUUGCUUUGCCCUCUUACACCACCCUUACAGUCAAGUUGCAGUUUUGUAAGUGAAACAAUUCAUUUCAUUGAAACUAUACAAUGAGACACAUUUCAACUUCCAAUGCUGGUGUACAUUCUCCAAUAAGAUGCAAUGCAGAAUCUACAGUGUCGUGCUUAUGCAAGUAUCAAGAAUCCAAUGAUACAAACAUUUUCAAAGUGGCCUGAGAUCGCUGAUUGUCGCCUGUGUACAGCAUCAGUUUCUUCAUUCACAUAUAGGAAAAGUUUUGGUAGUGCAGCAAAUUCAGAUGAGUUGUUCCUUUCUUGUCCCUUUGUUCAUUUGAGUUUUUUUUGUCAUUUGUCUUACAUUUGUAAAUUAGGCCGCAAAGAAGGGGUGUUAUAGUUGAUUGUCAUUGUUGAAAUAAUCUUUUUUUGUCAUUUGAUUGAAUUGAAAAGAGUUGUUAGUACAGAGUCUUGAGUUGAAGGCAUCAAAUUGCAAAUUUUCUUUUAAGGUUA